AUGCGUUCCUUCAUCACCGCCUCAGUCCUUGUUGCCGGCGCUCUAGCCAGAUCAACCGAAGACUACAUCAAGUGCGCCACCCCUAAGAGUGCCGCCCUCGGCCACAUUGACACAUCAAAAUUCACCACCUGCACCUCCAAAACCUCUCAAGAAUGCUUCUGCGCCAACAAAUCCGCCAUCGAAGCCCUGACAACCUCAACCAACCCAGCCUGCGCAGGCCUGGACCUAAGCACCCUAGCCAGCACCCUCUGCAGCAGCGACAGCGAUCACGAAGCCGCACCAGCCCGACAUGCAAGCAGACCCAUGCAGCUGGUCAACGAUAAGCGCGCCUACGCACCUGAAGCUGCCGUCCCGCGUGUCGUCUACGUGACCGAGACCCGCACCGACUGCAGCUGCAAGAGCACGCCUGUUGCUCAGAGCCCUAUGCAUGUCUCCCAGAUCCCUGUUGAUGUCCCAGCGGCUAGUAGUGUGGCGUCUGUGGCGGCAGUAUCGUCGACACCCGCUGGUCGUCAGCAUGGAUUUAUGGGUGGUGCGGCUUCGUCAUCUGUGAUUUUUGGUCCUGGAGCCACGCCUUCGGCUAGACCUUCUGGUGUUGAUCCUACUCGUUUCUCGCCUUUCCAGGGCGCGGCGGCUGCAGGAGCUUCCGUGCAUGGGGGUGUUGCGGCCCUAGGGGUUGCGGCUGUUAUGGCGGUUAUGGUUGCUUUGUAG